AUGACUGGCACCCCGUCCCUGCCGCCGCUCGGUGAGAAGUCUAAGUUUCCAAAAGCUUUCAGCGCCACUGUCACACUCCCCCCGCAGCAAAGGGCGUGUCGUAACCUAGACAUCGUCUUCAACACGAGGCUCGUGGCAAGCACGCCCCCUUCGAAGGAGGCGAGCGGUGCCCAUGCUUUGGCUUUGGACAACGACGGCGAGAGCUUGUCCCAGACAGCGCCUUUGCCCUCCGAGGAGCCUUGCGGUCUCACGCCCGCGAGCUUGAAGCACCUCAGGAGGCAGCGUGAUGCUCUGAACGAGGAGAAGAAUCGACUUCAGGCUGAGCUCCAGGAGUCCACGAAGCAGCUCAAGGAGUUGAAGCCGCAGGUGGCCUCGCUUUCAACACAGCUUGAAGAGGCCAUCGCGUCUCGUGCCGAGCUCGAGACGCAGGUCGAAAGCAACCGACAGCGCGCCGAACGCUCUGAGGAGCUUUCUGCGAAGCUUGAGGCCGUGGUCGCCGAGAAGGAGGCGGAGAUCGAGCGCCUCCGGAAGGGUCUCGCAGACCAGCAGAAGCUGACGCAAGAAGUGUGCGAGGCUGCUGACAGAAGAGACCAGCAGGCAAACGAGCAGAAUGCGGCACAGGUCCGGGAUCUGCAAGAAACGAUCCGGAAGCUGAAGAUGGAGAAUCAGCAGCUGCUGCAGGAGCAGCAGCUUCAGGCCAAGCGCCAGGAGGAAAUGGCGCACAGUGUCGCCGUGGCGAUGGCAGCAGCAGAGAAGGCCAUGGCCAUGCACGCCCAGCACACCUCACAGCUGGAGACGCUGCGAACCGCCAAGCUAGCUGAGGCCAUCAACUCCAAGGUGGAGUUGCACAUAGCCGUUCCCAAAGUCACGCUGAGCCAGCCUGGCAUGGCUUUGCAGUGGGAUCUCGCUUUCGGUUUGCAGUUUACCAGCUUGCGGUGCGUAGAAUGCCGCACGCACAUCGUCUACUGGCCUGUUGGCAAACCGACGGUAGGUUGGAGUAGCAGUGAAAGAUGCUCUCAAGAUCAGGGCAUUCACUUUGCCUGCAGCCCCAGCCUGCAUCAGUCAGCAGACAGUGGUCCAUGUGAUGGUCCAGAUUGA